AUGACUGAAUCGUACCACAUUGGUUCACUCCAGAUCAAGGAGGCGUACCGGGCCCUCGCCAAAAGACACCACCCCGACCUGUGCGAGGCCAGUGCUCGCAGCGAGGCCGAACGACAGUUCAAGCUGAUAAAUGAAGCGCGCACCCAGUUGCUGGCUUCUUCUAGCGGGUCAUCCUCCACACGGCACUAUGCCGGCUACCAGUCGGCGGCGCACGGAUCUGCCAGGAGCAGCGAGGCCCAGUUUAGCAACGGCUUUGUGGCCGCCAUCAUCUCCAUGCCCCUCAUCCUGACGGGCAUGUGGAUGAGCCGGACGAUGCCCGACACCCUGUCCUCCACCUGGCGCAUGAACGGGCUGAUGCAGUCCCCCGUGAACCCCUGGCUCCGGGAGGAUCUCAAGCCCAGGACCCGGAGCCGGUGGUCUGGCGGCGGCAAGGAGGUCGAGGGCUGA